GCUGGCUUUGACUUCGUCGACGACGUAUUCACGAUAUUCUCUACUUGAUAUACCUGACGACUCACCCAGCUCCUACGUGUUGCUCGGCUGAGGUUCGUUGGACGCAUGAUGGUCGUCCCUCGACCGUCCUCGAGCUAUCGCCACACUCCGCUUCCGUUCUCAGGCCAGGAUCCUGAUGUGGACCCGCUCAUAUCGCCUCGAAGCAACCCAUACGUUGCGCAUUUCGCAUCUGCUUCUGAGAAGAAAAGAUUAUGGUGGCGCACUGCACUCGUCAAUGGCAUGUUCAUUGGUGCAUGGUUCUUUUUCUCGAUCUUGCUCUCAAUGUACAACAAGUGGAUGUUUUCACCAGAACACUUCGGCUUUCCCUAUCCGUUCUUCGUGACGACUCUGCACUUUGUGGUCCAGUUCUGUCUCUCUGCCCUCUUACGGAAUCUCAUGCCUCAGCGGUUCAGACCCGACAGUAGACCAACUAGAAAGGACUGGGCGUAUGUACGCUAUUCUAUGGAACAGUUGGUAUCCCUGAAUGUCAUUUUUAGGAAGAAAAUCGUGCCAACCGGCGUCGCAACUUCGUUGGACAUCGGUCUCGGAAACGUAUCGCUAAAGCUGAUUACUCUGUCCUUCUACACAAUGGUCAAGUCGUCAUCCUUGAUAUUCGUUCUCUUCUUCGCCUUCUUGCUCAAGCUUGAGCGUUUCUCGCUCCGCCUUGUCGGCGUCAUCCUCCUGAUAGUGUGCGGUGUUGUCCUCAUGGUGGCCACGGAGACCCACUUCGAGGUUCUCGGCUUUUUCCUCGUGCUCACCGCAUCUGCUAUGGGCGGUUUGAGGUGGGGCUUGACCCAGAUCCUCCUCAAGAAUCGAACGAUGGGCCUCGACAAUCCAUCAGCAACCAUAUUCUGGCUAGCUCCAGUCAUGGCUGUGACGUUAGGAAUCAUCUCCGGCGGAGUAGAGCGUUGGUGGCGAGUGUUCAAUACACGCUUCUUUGAUAGUGUGCGCUCGUCGCUAGUCACGACUGGAUACCUCGUUGCGCCCGGAGCAUUGGCGUUCUGCAUGGUAUUGAGCGAAUUCUACAUCAUUCAACGUGCCGGAGUUGUGCCAAUGUCUAUUGCUGGUAUCGCGAAGGAGGUGACCACCAUCAGCGUGUCGGCAUGGUUCUUUCACGACGAGCUAACGCCGCUCAAUAUCGUUGGUGUGGGCAUCACCGUAUGCGGCAUUGCCUUGUACACGUAUCACAAAUAUCGCAAGUCCAUGGAGUCGACAGUGCCGCUGGACGCCCAUGGUAAUCCGAUCGAAAUCGAGGAUGAGAACCCAGAUGGGCAAGUUGAGCUGGGAGAAACCGAGCGCUUAAGGCUUGUGAAUGAUGAUCCCGCGCACGACUUUCAAGGAAUGGAUGCGCAAUCAAUGCGAGACGAACAGAGGACACUGUUCGAGGUCGGAGACGACGACGAACCGGAAGAGUUUCAAAGCGUGACCUUGUCGAAGCUCGGAUACUUGCGACAAUCACGGGCCGAUACAGCAGAGAGUGCUCGAGAGGAUCUCGUUCAUGAUUCUAUGACUGCGCAAGACGCAUGGAGACAUGCGUGAUCUCUCUAGGAGCGGAGGUGCGCUCCUCAUACCCCACGGUCUAUGUAUUCUCGUGAUGCGUUACCAAGCUUUCGGGCGCCCUACUGGCUUCCGUUCUGCCCUUGAAGCUGUCACAGCCACCAAAGGGGAAAGCACGAGCAUGAGGCGCAAGCAGGGUUCAGGGCACAGCCACUCAUAGACGGCUUGAAGAACAGAAGCCUGCUAAUAUCACAGCCACAGUAUAGCCACCGAGCUUCUUCCGGCGCUGCGGGUGUCCCGGCAAUCGAUUGUGUCACAG